AUGUCCCUCUCCCUCUUUUCUCGCGCUGCUAUUGCAGUGGGAUUGCUCACUUCGACCGUUUCCGCCAAGUUUGACAGCAAUUCCAACAAAAACGUCGCUGUCUACUGGGGACAAGGUUCCGACCAAAUUCCCCUAUCCCAGGUCUGCACAGAUCCAGGUAUCGACAUCGUCAACAUUGGUUUUGUCAACGCGUUUCCCAAGACUCGUGGCGAUUACCCAGGGACGAACCAUGCCAAUGCCUGCCAAGCCGACUACUACCCCGAUCCCAAGACUGGGCAGCCUAGCAAGCUGCUGAGGACUUGUCCCGGCGUUGAACAAGCGAUCAAAGACUGCCAGGCUGCUGGCAAGAAGGUCAUGCUCUCCCUUGGUGGUGGGUACCCCGUGAAUUAUAGUCUACCUACUGUAGAUGUCGCCAACUACUUUGCGGAUUUCCUCAUUGGUGCCUAUGGUCCUGUCUCCAGUGACUGGAACGGCAAGCCUCGCCCAUUCGGUAGCGCCGUCGUGGAUGGUUUCGAUCUUGAUCUUGAGGCUGAGGAGUGGGCGACUGGAGCCGCGGAUCUGCUCUACAAGAACUACGACGUCUUUGCAAGGCGUAUCAAGACACGUUCUAGCAUGCUUCUAUCAGCCGCCCCUCAAUGCGUUAUUCCUGAUGCACGCAUCGCUCCGGCAUUGAAGGCUGUGCCCUUUGACUUCAUCUUUGCCCAGUUCUACAACACCUACGAAUGCUCUGCAGCGAAAGGAUACAAGGAUCUCAAGGCCGGUGCUACUACCAAGACCACCACUUUCACCUUUCAGGCCUGGCUCGAUUGGUUGGCCAAGGAGUCUGCCAACAAGCAGGUAAAGCUCUACAUGGGUCUGCCUGCUGGACCAGACGGUCUUCCGACACACAAGGACCACUACCUCAAUCCAACAGAGGCCGACUACCUGAUCAACAGAUACAAAAACAACGCCAACUUUGGAGGCGUGAUGCUGUGGGAGGCUACCGUUUCCGUCCGAAACCCCGAGUUCUGCAAGUCCUUUGGUUACUGGGCCAAGACGUCGCUGGAGGGGUCGUUUGCACAGAAGCAUACGCAAGCUGCCUGUGCUGUCUCGUCUAGCGCGGUGGUCUCUUCUAGCACAAAGAUCUCCUCCAGCUCCAGCUUGUCUUCUAGCACCAAGGUCUCAUCCAGCACUGUCGCUUCCAGUACCACACUUUCUUCAAGCACCAAACCCUCGUCUAGCAUGCAUGUUCCGUCAAGCACAAAGGCUUCCGCCAGCAUCCAGGUUCCCUCGAGCACCAUGGUCCCAUCCAGUGUCCUUGUCACAUCGAGCUCUGUCUCUAGUGUUCAUGUACCCAGCAGCAGUGUUGUAGCAUCUUCCGAGGAUCUUUCCAGCAGCACCACCUCUUCUUUCAACAUCGUAUCUUCCACCGUAGAGGACUCUUCUAUGUACUCUACGACCAGCGUCGCCCCGAGCAAUGUUGAGUCGUCUAUGUACCCUACGACGAGCGUCGCUCCCAGCAAUGUUGAGUCUUCUCUUCACCCUACGGCGAGCGUAUACCCCAGCAAUGUUGACUCUUCUAUGUACCCUACGACAAGCGUCGCCCCGAGCAAUGUUGAGUCUUCUAUUCACCCUACGACGAGCGUCGCCCCCAGCAAUGUUGAGCCUUCAUCGGUAUACGUCGUUCCUUCCGGCUCGGUUCAGAUUCCUCUUCCGACAGAAAGCUCCAGCAAAGUCUACUCAUCCAGCAGCGCUAGUAUCGUCUACCCUGACAGCUAUCCUACGAAUGUCUCCUCUAGCAAUAUCUAUCCCUCUGCAUCGUCGACUCCAUACCUGAGCGAGUACCAGAGCCAGUCCGAGACGACGUCUGACGCUGCCUCGUCUACAUCUUGCAGCACCUCGAGCGAAGCUUAUCCUAUAAAGAGCUCAUCUAUUGCAUACCCGUACCCAGCUGAGAGCUCCGAAUACGCUACUUCGAGCUCUGGAACGGACAACGAAAGCAUUCCUUCUAUCACCAAGGGAUCGGAAGAAGAAUCAAGCUAUCCAACCGGUACCACGACUACUGUUGUCACCACGACAUACGUUGAUGUUUGUCCUACCGGUUUGACCACCGUCACCACUGUCAUUACCAAGACGUUUUGUGGCAAGUGCGCGCACUCUACUCCGCAGGCUGAGUAUCCCGAAGGCUGGACGACCAGUGUUUAUGUUGAUGAGACCGUCACGAUCACCCUAACUAAACCUGUUAACACUCCUACUGAUACCCCUGCAUAUCCUACCGCUUCCCCUACAGUCGACUAUCCAGCUGUACCUAUUCCUUCGGUGCCAGUCAACAAGCAGGAAUACCCAAGUAUGCCUGAGAUCCCAGCUGUGCCCAAGCCUUCCGCGCCUGUCGUCAAGGAGGAGUACCCAAGCAUACCUGAGGAACCAAACGUCGCCACUGCCACAAAGUCGGUAGCAUACCCAGUCUCUUCCGAGGCUCCUGAGUACCCAGCCCAGCCCGGUGUCCCCGAGUACCCGAAGAAGCCUGUUGAGGAUGUCACCAGCACUCUUACCAGCAGCCUUAUCCAACACGUAACCUUGAGCAAGGUCGCCGUCGUUACCGCAUCCGUUCCCGUUCCUUAUCCUUCUGCGCCCUCUCUUGCUCCCUACGCUGCUGUUGGUAUAGCGAACGGCACCAGUGCUUACGCCCCUCUGCCCACUGGUACUGGCAAGCCUGCCAAGCCCACGUCCUUCGCGCCUCCUGAGUUCGAAGGCGCGGCUAGCCGUUUUGGCGCUGGAAUGACUGUUCUUGUUUCGGUUGUUGCUGGGUUCCUUGUCUUGUAA